ACACAGAGUUAAAUAGAGAGAGAGAGAGAGAGAGAGAGGAGAGAGAGAGAGAUUUAUAAUUUGUAUUGUUCAGGGGAAAACGGCUAGAAGAAAAUGGGUAACUGCACCUCAGAGGACAUAGACUUGAUCCAGGAUGACCCACCAGUCCCUGUGUUUGAACUGUUUUUCAGGAAUGAGACAGAUUUACAGCAUUACUGCAAAAUCUUUGAAAACUUCUUUGUUCCAUGUAGUAUGUUACCUUCUGUGUUGAUUAUACUCCUGCUGUCGUUUGCAGAGCGCAGGGGGGAGCUGUGUGAGUAUGACAGGAGAUUUCCGUGUCUGAAAGGCAGAUUCAGCUUCAUAAUACCCGUGGACUUCACAGGCAAGAUACGGAACCGAUGGUCUUAUGGAUUUGCCUUCGGAGCCGUGACCCCGUUUAUGAUCAAGCUGAUCUUUAGGGACUCCAACCUGCUGAAUUUCCCCACUUAUUUAAAGGUGUUGGAGGUAGUGAUCGUUGCACUGAUGGUCAGCAUUGCCUGCCUGCCCCUAUUCACCUGUCUUUCCACCUCAAAUCGGCUGCUCGGAGGAGUCCUGGGGCUGUUCUAUUCUCUCUGCUGGUUCAUUGCACUCCUGUGGAAACUGAUCUUCUGCAGAGAGAUUUUAGCUGGUGAAGGUCACCAGAAUAACUUGUGGCACUUACACAACAUCCCACAGUUACUAUGCUUGGUGUUCCUGGUGUGCCGUUUUGUCUUCUGCAUCAAGAAGGGUGUGAAGAGCCGCAUGAGUUACAGCAAGCAGGAGGAAGUGAUGAAGCACGAGUACAAAUAUGUAAUGCAUUUACUGAGAAGACACACUGAAGUGUCUGUGGAGAAGAGCUGGUUCCAGAGGAAAGUGUAUGAGUGGGAUCCGUAUUUUAAAUUCCCAAACAGGAUCAUCGCCACCGUUGUGCUCUGCGUCCUCGGAGUGUACAUGAUAACAACAACAGAGCAGACGAUAGCUCAAACUUCUAUCUCAGACACGAAAGAGUAUCUUACAGGUUUCUUGAAUGAGUCCACCAUUGAAAAACAUCUGAACUACAUCACAUACACCUGGUAUAUCUCAACAGCUUGUGCCAUACUCUUGUCCCUCAUUCACAUUAGCCAGGUGUUGGUGUAUUACAGGAUGCAUAUCAAAUCACUGCGAGCUGGAGAAAAAAAAUACUUGCCGAAGACGUACGAACUGAACGCCGUGCAGGGUGUGGUGGGUUUUCUGAAAUAUCCUGGCUAUCAGAUUGCCUUCUCCAUUUGGGGUUAUGUGAUCGUGCAUGUGGGGAUGUUCAUCAUUGGCUUGAUGUGUGUUUACCUGGUGAUAUCCCCGAUUCGGGAAAAUGGACUGUGCCUCUGGUUAAAGUGGUUGGGCAUGAGCUUUGGGAAUUUCAUCACCUUGUUCGGUCUGAUAAUGCUGCAGAGCAAAUUGGGCCAAAUAUUGUUCCUGCAGGACAAAACCUCACCUACGGAUAAAAGGAAGCCACUAGCACUCAAGAACAGGAAGGCCUUCCACAACUUUAACUACUUCUUCUUCUUCUUCAACAUGAUUUUGGGUCUGAUGAACUGCUUGUUGCGGGUCAUCAAAAGCCUCGCUGUGGGGGUGAUGUUGGUGUCGCGCAUCGAGCGGUCCAUAAUGCCUGAGGGCUUUGAGACACUGGACCACAGUUACUGUACGUGGGUGGGAAUGAUCAUGGCAGAUCAUUAUCACACUAACCCAGUCCUGGUGUGUUUCUGCCACCUGCUGCUCAAACACCCUUCAGAAGGUAUCCAGGAUGAUGGCUACUCACGCUUAGACCGAGAGCUUUUAGAGAAGAACCGCGUCCACAUUCGCUGGCAUCUCGUGUACACCUUACUGAGGAACCCAAAACUCAUCCUGCUGAGGAAGAAAAGAAAGCAAAAAAGUGACAAAGAUGGGCACCUGGCCUUUGCCUGGGCUGUCACAAAUACAGCAUAAAUAAAUAAAUAAACAAACAAACAAAUAAAUGAAUAAAUUCUCUGCAUAAAAUCUUGCAGAUGUUUUAGCGGUCAUUUUGAACAAACAAGCGAUAAUAUUUUAUCCUGCUAAAAUGAUUAGCAUUAAAAUGCUAAUGUUUAUGUUACAUGAUAUUUAAGCACCAAGUACAUAACAUGGCUCAGGUAUAUAUAUAUAUAUAUAUAUAAUUAUUUGAUUAUUAUUUGUUUAUUUCAGGUUUUAUAUGUUUUUUUAUCUGUUCUUCUGCUGUAACGAUCCCUGCGGAAGCUCACUUCUGUCCAGCUAGUGGUCAGAAAGACGACAGUGUCGUUCUUUAUUUUUUUCACCGUGUUUUUAUAUACACUUUCUGGAGCCAGCUUUAACGAUGCUCCUGUGUUUACUUCAGCACCAGACUGAUAUUUUUGUUCUGUAUAAAAGUUUACUGUCAUGUUUGUUUUUCUAUGAUUGAAAACAUUAUUGUACAAAUAAACUUUUCUAUUUCUUCUCCA